CGUCACGUCGGGUCGUGUGCGAACUGUUGAGCUGACUGUGGCCUGAUAAAAACCCUAUUCUUUGGAAAUUUUCUCGCAGUGUAUAUAAAGCCUGCAGGUUGCUAUCUCUCUGGUGACGCGCACUUCUACACCGGCUAGACCAAGCUUCAGCAUUCGUCCUGAGCAUUCUUUUGUGUGAAUUCCCAGCCCUCUCAGUUUGACUACGCCUUGUGUCACAAACUGCACUCCAUCUCUCGUCGGCCAGUUGCCGUAUUUGACGCAAUUUUGCUCCAGUAGCUGCCCCCGUGAGAGCUCAGCGUCAUGGAAGCUCUGGUGAUCUCCAUGAUACCGGCAUUUGAAGCCGGCAGCGAGGCGGACAUCUGCAACAAGUUACAGGAAUUUAACAAAGAGAAUGCGCAGACAUUUUUCUUCCCAGAGCUGGGAUCUGAAACUAAAAAGAAAUUUAUCGGUGACAUUUUGCGGUCGCUGGAGGCAGGGUACAACACGGAGUGCUAUUGCCUGUGUCUGGAAGCCCUGCGAAUCCUGAGCAGGGAGGCUCAUCACCUCUACCAGUUGGCUCAGAAGGAGGGCAUCCUCUUGCUGAUGAGACUGGCUGGCCUGGAGGAGAACCCUGUGAAAUACAGCGACCAAGUUAUUACUGAGGCCGAGAAAUGCCUGUGCAAUCUUACCUACAACAGCAGCCAAGUACAACGUAUGUGCCAAGAGAACGAUUGCGUCAAAUACCUCAUGAACAGGGUUAGAUCCUACCCCAGCAGCAAACCGCAGAUAUCAAGUGACAUAAAGUUCUUUGACAUGAGGUUACUGUUCCUGAUGACAGCACUGUGCCCUCAAACAAGAGCACUUGUGAGAAAGGACUACAAUGGAAUCGAGCUGCUGAUCCAAGUCCUUGAAUCCGAUGUGUUGGGAUUCCCUCCGGCAAUGCCGAACCCUGACACAACAGCAGUGCAAGAGACUGAGCCACAACCCCCAACGGAGAGCACCUCUGUUGCAUCAGGCUCGCCUUCACUAGAGGGUGAAGGGACAGAGACGAAUGUAGGGACAGCAGCGGUCAUAGACACAGUGACUGACACAAUGUCAGAAUUGGCCAAAGGAACAGUGGCAGAUGCCGCGGCGGAUGCUCCGACAAACACAGUGACAGACAAGGUGACAGCAGCCACCAGGGACCCACUGGUGGUAGAGUCGGUGAAGUUGACCACGGAACAGGCUGAUUUGGCCUGCGAAGUCUUCAAAGCGUUGUUCAACACCGUCAUACACACAAAGUCAAAGGAGCUAGAGACGGAGUUGGAGCCAGGUGUCUUAAGACGUUUAGGGAGAGCCUGUCGAUGUGUCCUGCUGAGCGAGUCGGUAACACCUGCUAAGAUGGAAGAGUGCCAUAGCCAGACCAUUAACUUGAUGACCUGCGCCCUGCCAUUGGCAUGCAUACAAGAGCUGACCCCGGAACCUCGUGGGGGAGCGACCGGGGGGGACUUGCUGUUUGAAGGCCGCAGCACGGAUGCCAUCGUCAGCAUCCUCAAGUUUCUGGAGAUGAGAGUAGAUAGGGCCGCAGCUGCCAAGAAGCUCCAUGUUGUGGAGCAGCUGAAUCCAGUGCUUAGCGCCCUCUGUGUUCUGAGCAGGACCAACCGACAUAUACGCAGAUACCUGAAGAAAACGGUUCUGCCUCCUCUUAACAAGGAGCAAGCGUGCAACCUGCCUGAGGAAGGCGGAAGCCUGCGCAAUAAGCUGGUCCGACUCAUGACCAACCACUCCACCGAUAUCAAGGAAGUGGUGGCCGACUUCCUCUUUAUCCUCUGCAAAGAAUCAGUUACUCGUCUGAUCAAAUACACUGGCUAUGGCAAUGCAGCAGGGAUGCUAGCGAGGCGUGGUCUCCUAGCAGGUGGCCAUGGCAAUAGAGACUACAGCUCAGAUGACGAAGACAGCGACACAGAAGAGUACAAGGACAUCAGGGAUGAGGUGAAUCCUGUGACGGGUCGCGUAGAGUCCGAACGGCCCAAUCCGAUGGAGGGCAUGACGGACGAGCAGAAAGAGGUAGCCGCCAUCGAGCUUGCCAACAUGAUCCACAAGAUCACAAGAGAAGGCGUGGUUCAACCCAUGUCAGUUUCCGAUGACGGCAAGCUGAUACCAAUGAUGGAUGUUGUGCAGAAGGCAACCAUGGAAGCCAACCAGCAACCAGCCCCAGACUCAUCUGAUGAUGAUGAUCAAGACGGUAACUAACAGCUGUUUAAGUUUGCCAUUCAAAAGAGUUAUUUAUCGAUCCUGAUUGCACGCAACAGUCAACAAAUAACGUGGAACACAUUUACUCCUGAUUAUCAUGCAUCUAAGUAUUUUUAGUAACUUAAAAUCCGUCAACAUUUUAAAUUCAUCGGAUGUCCAGAGUUGCCUUAAAUUGGGAAAAAAAGGGAAGAAAAUAGCGCAUCUGAGUUACUGAAGUUCAGUUAUUCAAUAUCCACAAGAAAUUAACGAACGACAGAGGGGUGUCAAAACUAGCCUUAAAUGUGUCCAAAAGAUGCGUUGUCAACCGUUGUCAACUACCCAUGGCUGUUCAAAAAAGGUUGUUGAUUGAAUAAAUUCCCCUCUACACAUUGGACACAGUAACAGUGCCCCAGUAACACAGUAGUCCUCGCAUAUUCCCUGGGUGGGAACCUGUGAGGCACAUAUUUGAGUCUGCUACUACUGGUUCUACUAAAAGGCUAUCAGUGCACGUGUCGGAGAACAGGAACCAGACUUGUUAUUCUACUGACUAGUCAGAUCCAUGCACCGUGUGAACUGAUCCAAGAGUUUCCUCCUGAGGCAAUAAAAUAAAAAUUUCCUCACUCUGAUUGCACCUUGUGAGAGAGUUUGCUGGCAGGUUUUGCCACAAAUCUCUCACUGGAUGUCAAAUUUUAGAAAGACUGCAAGACUGUCAGAAAUAUUUUUUUUGGCACACAUUAAAAGGACGUUGUUUUAAAAGAUAUAUUGAUCUAAAAUGAGUGUGUGGGAGAAGUGAAUAGAUGGAAAACAUCUCAGCGUUUUACUUUAUGUGAACAUUUUGUGUGAGAAAUUGAGGAUGUCCUAUAAUUUUCCUUGAACAUCAAAAUUUGUACGAAAUUACUGUUUGCACGAAUCACUGCAGUCUCUCAGCUUUUGUCAACAACAUCAGAAUCAUAAAGUAGCCCAGUAAUUUUUUCUAGUCAUCUAAAACAUUGGUUUCACAUUCAUGAUAUUUAGUGUUGAAUAUUGUUGUAUUUGCACCACGCAUUGAACACUUCUUUGGUAAUGCAUUAAAAAGAAAUCUUUUUAAAAAAUAAAAAUAACGGAAAAUUUGGGGACAUUCUGUAAGUAUUUGUCAGCUGAAGUAAAGAUCAAUCGAAAAUGUAAAGCAGGCAGCGUAUGGUUAAUGGGAUUAUGAUAAUAAUUUUAUCUAAUUGUGAAAUGUGUUAUAUCAUUUGGCUCGGAAGUACAUGUAUUUUACAUGUAAUGUGCAUGGAAGUGUAAGGUUUAAAUUGAUCAGUGAUGAACAGAACAUUUUAGGGAAAAAAAAAAUGAAUGUUACAUGUAUGUCUUUGUACAGGAGCCUGUGAAAGAACUUUAUGAAAGAAAAUUUACCGAUGCCAAAAAAAACCCCUUGGGUCAGAAUUUUUUGGCCACAGCUCAAAAUCACAGGCACACGUAUGAAAGUCACUAGCCGGUGGUUUCAUGCAUUUCCCAUUAAUUCAUGUGUCACUUCCAGCCGUAGCUCAGUAAUUCGGACGUGGAGACAAAUUUCUUACUUCGGACUCAUUGUUGCGUUUUUUUGUCAGCUUGCAUCACACCCCAAAAGCACGGAUAUUACAUCUGUAGUUCACCCAAAAAUUCCACCACUCUUCAGUCAUAGUCACGUUGAAUUUCUGCUGUUUGGAAGAGAGAUUAUUUGGUAGGAUUUGUAGCAAGUUGCAAAGUUUCAGUUUUAACCUAUUAUGCGUUGCAAGUCGAUUCUUAAUUGAUAUUGAUGUAUAUGUGCAUUAUUUAUUUAAACCCUCUUUCCCUUCAGAUGGAUCUUGCCAUUAUCUGUCAGAAUUGCGUACAGUAUUUUGUGGUGAUUUUGGUUAAAUUCACCUGAGAGUAAAAAUGGUAGCAUAAUGUUCCAACUUCUUUUAUUAUAUUGUGCACCGGAAUUACUACAAUAUUUUUGAAAUGUUGAUGAAUGCACACUGAAAAAAUAAAAAACUGACACUCGGAGUUUGUUUCAUUCA